AUGGGUGACUUCCUUGAGGGGAUGGCCGAGCUCCGGCCUGGCCCCCCACAUGCCCGCUCGCGCGCCCUGGACCUCCUGCUGAAGGAGGCAGCGCGGAUGUUCAACCCCCACCAGGGCAACCACGAGGGGACCCCGAAGCGGCUUUCGCCCACCUCCUUCAAGGGCGCCGCCAGGAAAGCCCGUGGUGCUCGCAGGGUAGCGAGACGCGCGCCAAAAAAGGCCGAGCUCGAAAGCCCCGCCGAAGAUGACGACGCCGUUUCCUCGUCGCCGUCAUCACCCACUAGCUCUGCGAGCGCUUCCUCAGCGACUGGCUGUACCGACUCGGACACAGCCUCAUACCUCAGGUCUCCUACCGACUCGCCUAUCCAUGCGGACGACACCGCGACAAGUUCACCGGCGGCUUUCACCCUGUCCCCCGAGAGCGAGAGCGACGCCACAUCGUCUGAUGAUGCUGCUGUCGACAAGGAGCAGCCAUCCACCACCGAAGGGGAACCACGUUCCACCGGUCUCCCCCAACGCCAUGACACCCGCCCGCCUUCGUCUCCCCCUGCCCCCCACGUGUUACCAAGCGUCGGCCAUGAGCAGAGUGACUCCACCGAUUCGGAGAAGCCCGCGGCUGCUGUCGACGGGCAGGAGGUCUCCCCCUCGCAAGCCGCCCCCGUCACCCCUCAGCCGCCGCUCGCUUCUCCGGCUCUGGUAUCAGACGACAGCCCCGGGGGCAGCGGCCCGCAGGAGAGCAGGGAUACGCAUGAGAACGAGGCCUCCUCUCCACGCGCCCCCUCUCUCCCCGAGCCUCGCCUCUCCCCUCUCAGCGGCGCGGCCAGCCAGGAGAAAAAGAAGAAAAAGAAGGGAAAGAACAAGGGCACCCUUCGCAAUCGAGAGCAGCCCAUCGCAUCUGCCGAUGAUUUGGCGGACCACCCGAAGCCCUCCGAACCUCCUGCCUGUGGCGGGGUACAGGGCGACCACCCUACAGGGCCGAGAAGGGAAAAGCGGCUACGUUUCGUCCCUUUCGUGGCCCCUCUCCAACCGCAAGUCACUGAUGACGACCUCCCGCCCCGCGAGUACACAGUACUCUACAGACCAGCGGCCCGGAGGUCGCACUUCCUGGCGGCAUCGGGUGACGCCAUUGCGGCGUUCCUGUCCGGAGUUCCUGGUGCGCAUCGGGUCCGCCCCAACCUUCGGAGGAACGUCGUGGCCGUCGACACGCUCCCGGGCGAGGACCUAACGGCUCUGCUAGCGGUCCGCGUCAUAUGUGAUGUGCGCGUGAGGGCAAAAGCCCUCAUAUUGAACACGUGCACAGGCACACUGUUUGACGUGGACCCCACCUUCGAUGGGGCUACCAUCUUCGAGGGCCUCGAGUCUUCGGUGCCGGUGGUCGCCAUCGCCAGGAGCGGUGACGUCGUGACGCUGCGGUUUGCCGGCGACGUCGUCCCCGAGGAGGUCCUGCUGUUUCGACGGCGGCGCGCCGUGCGACCACGCCUGCCGCGCCCGCUUCAGUGCGGCCGUUGCGGCCUCUUCGGCCACGCGACGGUGACGUGUUCGCGCGACCCUCGCUGCCUGCAGUGCGCCGGCGGACAUCCAACGAACUCCUGCACGGUGGACAGGCGUCGCUGUCUUCACUGCGGGGGCCCGCACGCCGCCACGGAACCGCGCUGUCCCCAGUGGCAGCUUGAGAGGAGGGUCGCUGCCACUCUCGCGAGCUCCAAGCCGCGCAUCACGCGUAAACAAGCGCUGGAGCUCGCGCGGAGCAGCGGCACAGCAGUGAUUGAUUCCUCCAAGCAACGACCCGCCGGCCAGCGGGCCACGGAGUCAAGGCCACUUUCAUCGCGCCGGCAGCCGGGGCUCUCCUACUCUGCGGCCCUCACCGGCGGCACACAAGCGGACAGCAGCAUCAGCGGCCGCGUGGGUGAACCGCCCGUCACCGACAACAACCCGGUGCAGCCCCCCGGAGCGACGGCGCCGGAUACAAGCGUGCUCGUGCUGACGGCGCUUGCCUCGGCACUUCGUUCCCUCCUCGAGCUGGCCCCCGCCGACUCGCCAGCGCGUCACAUGUGUGUGGCGGCAUUGGCAAUGCAUGACGCCCUGGUUCAGCAUGGCUAG